AUGUUAAUUUACUGUCAGUUAUUUAUUUUUCAGUCGUCUCAUCUAGAAGGAUUGCCGGAGAAGAAACACCAUAGGCGAGGACAACUACCCCAGCAGAACAAAUGCGUAGCAUCUCUAUCUAGCGCUGCCUGCGUUGAUCACCAACCUGUACUAUAUUUAAAUAAAAUUCUCACCCGCUUACCCGACUCGUUCUAUCAUUUUCAGCGCACGUUAACGUCAUCAGUAUUUAUUUCGUAUGAUCGGAUAAAGAUGGGGAAGAAGAAGGUGAUGCUGCCGGCGAAGGAAGUUGACUUGGCUACGGUGAAAUAUCAGUAUGAAAAAAUUGAAGCACCGCAUUUGACUGGAUUUUGGCUCAAGUUAUUUGUUAAAUUGCUCGAAUCUUCCUUUGGCUCUUUGAUUAUAUCUCGCUUGAAGAAGGAAAAUAAAAUGGUUGAGAUGUUAAGGAAUACUGUGAUACCGGAGCCUCCAAUGUUUAAGCCUGAGUUUCCUCCUCAAGAAUCAGAAACUGGAGUUGUUCUUCUGGACGAAGAUGGAAAAGCUGAAGAGAGAGUUGCAUUAGCCUUGAAGUGCCUUCCAGAUUAUGACCCUUCUACGAAUUGGAGCACUGAUUCUUCUACAUCCUUCCGCUACUGGAAGAUUCGUGAUUAUGCACAUGCAUACAGAUCUAAGCUCACAACUCCAUCUAUAAUUGCAGAACGCUUCAUCUCGGCCAUGGACGAGUUCAACAAUAAGAAGCCUCCAACGCCCUUGUUGAUUUCUUACGAUCCAGAGCAUAUAAGAAAGCAAGCUGCAGCUUCCACAAAAAGGUUUGAGGAAGGGAACCCAUUAUCAAUCUUGGAUGGGAUUUUUAUGGCCAUUAAGGAUGAUAUUGAUUGCAGUCCUUAUCCCUCAAAUGGUGGAACAACCUUCUUUCAUGAAAUUCGUCUGGUUGAAAAGGAUGCAGUUUCAGUGUCAAGAUUACGUUGUUGCGGUGUGAUUUUAGUUGGAAAGGCUAAUAUGCAUGAAUUGGGACUUGGCACGACAGGAAAUAAUCCAAAUUAUGGGACAGCUAGAAAUCCACAUGAUCCUGAAAGAUAUACUGGUGGUUCAUCCUCAGGUCCAGCAGCAAUUGUAGCUGCCGGUCUAUGUUCAGCGGCAUUAGGAACAGAUGGUGGAGGUUCUGUUCGCAUUCCGUCCUCCCUGUGUGGUGUAGUAGGAUUGAAAUCAACAUAUGGACGAACUGAUAUGACAGGGGCUAUAUGUGAUUCAGGGACUGUUGAGAUUAUUGGACCCAUCACAUCCACGGUUGAGGAUGCGAUUCUUGUGUAUGCUACAAUUUUGGGAUCAUCCGCUGCAGAAAAAAUUGCUCUGAAACCGUCUGUUCCUUGCUUGCCUGAUUUAGCUUCACACGAGAGUUCAAAGGCUCUGGGAUCACUAAAAUUAGGGAAGUACACAGAGUGGUUUAAUGAUGUCUUCUCAACUGAUAUAGCUAACAAGUGUGAGGAUGUUCUCAAUCGUUUAUCAGAAACAUAUGGAUGCAAAGCAGUGGAGAUUAUUAUACCAGAGCUUCAUGAGAUGCGGAUGGCUCACAUUGUUUCAAUUGGCUCCGAAUCACUAUGUGGAUUGACUCCCGACUUUGAAGAUGGAAAGCGGGUGGAGUUUACACAUGACACUCGGACAAACCUGGCACUGUUUAGGUCAUUCACAGCAUCAGAUUAUGUUGCUGCUCAAUGCCUCAGGAGAAGGAUAAUGCACUACCAUAUGGAGAUUUUUAAGGAGGUGGAUGUCAUUGUUACUCCGACCACUGGCAUGACAGCACCUAUAAUACCUCCCGCUGCCCUUAAAUCUGGGGAGACAGAUUUGCAAGUUUCAGCAAAUCUAAUGCGAUUUGUUAUAUCAGCAAAUCUUCUUGGGUUUCCUGCAAUAUCUGUCCCAGUCGGAUAUGAUAAGCAAGGGCUUCCAAUUGGCUUACAAAUCAUAGGCCGCCCAUGGUGUGAAGCUUCUAUUCUGCGUUUGGCUGCUGCCGUAGAGGAACUCUGCACGACACCUAGAAAGAAACCUAUGCAAUUUUACGACAUGCUAAAAGGAAAUUAA